GCGGGUCAGCGAAGUGAGAGUUUGGCGGUGAUGGAAACAAGCCUGUUGCGCCAGUGCCCGUUGCUUCUGCCCCAAAACCGGGAGAAAACCGUCUAUGAGGGAUUCAUCUCGGCUCAGGGAAGAGACUUCCACCUUAAAAUAUUGUUGCCUGGAGAUUUGCAAGUGAAGAAUGCCAGAUUACUAUGUAGUUGGCAGCUGAGAGCAAUAUUAAAUGGAUACCAUGAAGUAAUACAACAGAGAAUGCAACACUCUACUGAUCUAAUGAGCUUUAUGAUGGAAUUGAAGAUGGUUUUGGAAGUUGCUUUAAAGAAUAAACAAGAGCUACAUGCAUCACCUCCUCCUCCCCAGUUCUACUCACACCUUAUUCAAGAGCUAGGAAUGCUUGGUUGGGACAAACUUGUGUAUGUGGAUACUUGCUUCAGCACCUUGAAGUUAAAAGCCAAGGAUGCUUCUAGCAGAGAGCAUCUAAUCACUCUCAAGUUGAAGGCUAAGUAUCCAGCAGAAUCACCAGAUUGUUUCGUUGAUUUUCCUGUUCCAUUUCCUGUUUCUUGGACACCACAGAGCUCCUUAAAAAGCAUUCAUAGUCAGUUUUUGGCAGCAUUAGACUCACUGAAGGCAUUCUGGGAUGUUAUGGAUGAAAUUGAUGAGAAGACCUGGGUACUUGAGCCAGAAAAACCUACACGGAGUGCAACAGCACGCAGGAUUGCAUUAGGGAAUAAUACUUCAAUAAAUAUAGAGGUAGACCCUAGGCAUCCCACUAUGCUUCCUGAGUGCUGCUUUCUUGGAGCUGACCAUGUGGUAAAACCCCUGGGAAUUAAACUAAGCAGGAACAUACAUUUGUGGGAUCCAGAAAAUACUCUGUUACAAAACUUGAAAGAUGUCUUAGAAAUUGAUUUUCCAGCUCGUGCUAUCCUGGAAAAAUCUGAUUUCACUGCGGAUUGUGGGAUUUGCUAUGCUUAUCAGCUCGAUGGCACAAUUCCUGAUCAAGUGUGUGAUAAUCCUCAAUGUGGACAACCUUUCCAUCAAAUAUGCUUAUACGAGUGGUUGAGAGGACUACUAACUAGUAGACAGAGUUUUAACAUCAUAUUUGGUGAAUGUCCAUAUUGUAGUAAGCCAAUUACAUUGAAAAUGUCUGGGAGGAAACUCUGAAAUAAGAAUGCAACAUUUUCACGAAAAAAUGGAAAUCUUAAGACUUACGGAAAAGGAUUUUAUUUGAUACCUUCAGAGAAAAUAUAAAGCAAGAAAUAUUAACAUCAAAAGAAAAAGUAUGAGGAAGCUGUAAAAAUACACACCUGUCUUUGUCUCUUCACUAAGAGUAAUCUGUGAAAUUGUAGGCCAAAGUCCUGAAGAACUUUCUAACUCUGUGACCCCCAUAGCAAUAAUAGAAGAGUCAUACAUAUUCAAGUUUGGAGAUCUUGCUUUGUUGUUUAUAUCUAGACUGGUAAAAUCUUGAUGGUAUUCAUAAAAUGAAUUUGGGGAUUGUAUAUAGCUAAAUUUUUGCUGGGAUCUUUUUACUUCAUUCAAAUAUUCUUGAGGCUCAUGGUAUUUUUCUUUUCUCCUUGCACUUUCCUAUGGAAAAAUACAUAUGUAGAUUGUUAGAUUUGAGUUAUUCAAGUGUUUAUUUUAUAUACAGUAUAAAAAUGCUAAAUAAACUUUGAUCAAG